GUUUUUUGUUUUUUGUUUUUGGGGAAUGACCUACUUUUUCCUGUUUGCAUCUAGCCAGCCGACAGUCUAUUAAUAACACCAGUUGGUUGGUGUUUUGUAAACCAGGACGAGGACAAGGGACUACACAGAAGAGGUUGUUGUGAAAUGGCCUGCAGAGCUGACACUGAUCCUAAACCUCAGCGUUUUGAAUUCACAGUUCUGUCUGAACAGAUAAACAAACUUCAGGAGGAUGAAUGUGUUCUACAUGUGAAAGAGCCUGAGGUGAUACCUGAUGCCACGCUGCAGGUAGAAGGAGAGAGCUUUUAUGUCAACCGUCGACGGCUAGCCCUCCACAGUCCAUACUUCAGGGCUCUGUUUUUUGGAUGUGGUGUAGAGAGCCGCAGAAGGAUCAUUGAGAUCAAAGGUGUGGGUCUGCAGCAUUUUAGGGUUUUGAUGGAAUACAUCAGGACAUGCAACAUAGCUCUGAACAGAGAAAACGUUCUUGGGAUCCUCGAGACUGCAGACUUUUUACAACUAGAGGGAGCCAGACUGCUGUGCUGCAAGUUCCUGGAGCGCGAGCUGCACCUCAGUAACUGUCUGGGGAUGAUGGCUUACGCUUGGAGGCUUGGCUGCGCUCAGCUCUACAGGGUGGCAAGACAGGUGGUGCUCACACACUUCUCUGCUAUUGCUGCCGAUGAGGACUUCCUGUCCCUGUCUAAAGAGAACAUUGCGGACCUUCUUGCCAGUGAUGACCUGGCCAUCUUCAAGGAUGAUCUUGCCCUGGAGGCCAUCCUACGGUGGGUGUCAUUUGACUCCCAACGAGAAGAGCAUUUUCUGGAGCUCAUUGAGCUGGUGAGGCCUGAGCUGCUCUCUUUACCAUUUCUCACUGAACUGUUGACAAGCAUGAAAAGCUCUGACCCCAGAGCCAAACUUGUCUGUAUGCUGAAUGAACAAUUUCCAGAAUCUUGGUUAGCGGGCAGGUCAAUAAAGAGAACCAGGGCCAGAGAGACCCUCUUUGUCCUGGGCGGACCACAUGAUCAGGAGCAACAGGCACUGUACCAGUUUCACCCGCAGAGUGGUAGAUGGCAGAGCUGUGCACCGCUACAGAGGAAGAACCUCACACAGUACUCUGUAGCUGCUCUAGGAGACAAUGUGGUUGUGACAGGCGGCUACUUCCGGGACGUCCUGUGGUUCAGUGUGGACUGGGUCAGGAUUUACGAAUGUGGGAACCAGCGCUGGCUUGAUGGGCCGGCACUGCAGAAAUCCAGGCACAGCCACUGCUCCAUCGGGCUGGACUCUGCGCUGUAUGUCCUAGGGGGCAGCAUGGAUGAAGGACUUGUGAGUGAUGUAGAGAGACUGGUACUGGGGCCAGACAAAGGGUGGGAGGCGAUCAGCCCCAUGGUGAGGGCUGUUGAGCGGGCAGCCACUGCUACUCUAGGCUCAUGCAUCUAUGUGGCAUGUGGCCUGGAUGAAAAUGGGGAGGCGUAUGGAGGAAUUCAGCGGUAUAUGGUGAAGGAGGAUCAAUGGGAUGUGAUCUCCUAUUCUCCAUAUCCACGUUAUGACCUGGUUGCAACAGAGCUUAACGGUGCCCUCUACCUGUUUGGAGGCCAAGCUUUGCGAUUCGACGUGGAAACAGACGAGUGGACCUUAUUUGAGGAGGAAUGUCUGGACAGUAAAUUCUUCUCUGGCUGCACAACAGUCAGCGGACAGAUAUAUCUGGUCAGUGAGAAAAAGAGUAACAAAGCAAUCCCAAACAUGGUACUGAUGGACCCCUACAUAGACACCUGCAUGGAAGUGGAUGAUGCCAUGCCCUGCUCUGUGCCCCUUAGAGGGUGUGUUACUGUGAGAAUGCCUAUUUGAAGGAUAGCACGUUGAUUUAUUCUGCAAACCUCAGCUUUUUUUGUACAUGUCUACGUACUAAAACGUCAAAAACUUAAUUUUCUAAUAGGUCAUGUCUUUGGCUUACAUGAAUUAAAUACAUGAAAAAGUAAGCACAAUUUAAAUAAACAGACACAGGUGUAAUCAUUCACUUAAAAGAAGACAGCAGUGCUAUUUAUUUCAAUAGUCAUUUAUUAAAACUUUUCAAGUUUACACACAAUCAAUCAAGCAGCCAUGGGAACUCUUAAGAGAACAGUAAAGUGUUACUUCAUGAAACAAAAAUCUAUUUUUUUAAGUCUUUAAAAAAACAAACAUCGUUUUAGUUGGUGUAAUGGGUGUGAUAUUAAGUGGAUCAGCCCUUUUAUUUCUCCACCAAUUAAAUCCCACUCUGUGUUGUGAGCCUCAGUGUUACAAUUGAGACCCAACCUUCCUUCUGUUCAGGACAUUCAUUUUGUAUAAGCUGAAGUAAGUGGACACAGGAACUUACUUUAUGAGUUGCUAUUAGCGACUUGUUCAAAAUGAAUAUUAUUCGUGGUUGUGAAUUACAGCAAUAAAGAUUACUUAGAUUUAAAAAAAAACAAAAAA